UACCCUCUUCGUACACUCAGUAAAUUGAUGGCCUCAAGAAAAUUGACACGCCCGGGUAUUAAUUAAAUCAUUUGUGUUAAAGUGAUAUUUUUGAGUUAUGAUAGUGAUUUUUUAAAUUUCAAAAUGCGUUUUCAAUUCACUAGAAGGCAGUGGUCCACUAUUAUUGUUAUUUCAAUUGCAGAUUUUUGUAAUGCUAUCUGUGUUGCAUUGCAGGCGCCAUUCUUCCCUCAGGAGGCAGAAAACAAAGGAUGUACAGCAACAGAAUAUGGACUUGUAUUUGGAGUGUUCGAGCUUGUGGUUUUUAUCAUCAGUCCCUUUUAUGGGGCUCAUUUGAACAGGCUUGGACCUAAAGUAGUCUUCAACGCCGGAAUACUGACUACCUCAACAUGUGCUAUACUAUUUGGGUUCCUAGACAAAAUCGAUGGUCACGUACCAUUCGUGACUCUAGCAUUUGCAAUACGUAUAGUAGAGGCUUUGGGUAAUGCGGCGUUUUUGACAGCUUCCUUUGCCAUAAUUGCCAAGGAGUUCCCUAAUAAUGUGGCUACUAUGUUUGCAUCCUUGGAAACAUUUUUCGGGCUCGGAUUAAUCGCUGGUCCAAUGAUAGGAGGGGCCCUCUACGCCGUUGGAGGUUACUCUCUGCCCUUCGCUGUGCUUGGAGCCACGCUCUUCUGCACAGCAUUGUUGUGCUACAUCACUUUACCAAAAUCCUCCGACGAUGAAGAUUAUAAGCAUUCAGGACCAUCGAUGCUUACUCUUCUCCGCGUGCCUGGAGUUCUGAUAGCGUCUUUGAGUAUAAUAUCAACCAGUAUGAGUAUUGGGUUUCUUCAAGCAACGUUAGAACCUCAUUUUCGACAAGUUCAUUUCAACUUCUCUCCAGUGAUUUUGGGUUUAAUAUUCGUGAUCAAUGGGGGUUUUUAUGCGGUAUCUGCACCAGCGUGGGGUUGGUUAUGCGACCAUCCCGCGGUUAAACCCAAAUAUAUAACCAGUAUUGGGCACAUAUUUGUGGUGGCCGCUUUCUUGUUGAUUGGUCCAGCACCGUUCUUUGAUAUGCCAACAAUACUGUGGGUGACAGUUUUGGGAUUGGUGCUCCACGGGCUUGGAAUGGGAAGUCUCCUUGUAUCGUCUUUCUCAGACGCCUUAAGUACUGCUAUUGCAAAUGGCUUCCCUAACUCAAUAGAAACAUAUGGUUUAGUUUCUGGUUUGUGGACCUCGACUUUCGCCCUUGGAGCCUUUAUUGGUCCAACUGUGUCUGGAGUACUUUUUGAUUCCAUUGGGUUCAGAAGUAGCACUGCGUUCAUUGUUAUACUACAUAUCAUUGUUUUGUUAAUGGUACUGGUAUACAUGUGGAGCUGUGACCGCUCGAAGAUGGAUCUCUCAGUGUCUGCUGGAGACCUUUUGCAAAUGGAUGGGACUCUUGACAAGGGCGUGCUUACUGGGGAGGACUUUAUACCCGCUACUAGGCCUAAAAGUCGUCGCUAUGGCAUAAGCCUGGAGCGAUCUCGGCCUCCAGCGAUGAACAGUCUUAUCGCCUGUUCGAGUUAUAAGAACCGCCGCAGCCCCUGGAGUCAGCGUACUCCACGGUACAGGCCUUCGUAUGGUAGCUUGGAUACGAGGUUCAGAGGCACUGUAUCUGUUACAUAGCGCACUUAACAACUCGGUUAUUAAAAUUAAGCCGGAAAUUUUUUUCCUAUCCAAAAAUUACUUUAAGCUUGAAGCAAUUAUUUUACUGUUAUAAAACUAAUUAUAUACUUUUAAUGAUGUUAUUCAAUGUUAGUGAAUUUAUAUCCCAUGCUCUAUGUAUGAGUUGAAUGCAUUUAAAAUUUGUUUUAAUAAACGACGUAAUAAAAAAAAUUUGAGCGUCUGAGUACAGUACACUGAAUUUCUGUUGUACGUUCCUUUAAAACUUACAAUGUACAAAAACCAUUACUAAAUGAAAAAAAUAAUAAUAAUAAUAUCGAUACAAAUAAUUUUGUAUUUUAAACAGUACAUAGUUGGUAGUUUUUAAAUAUUAUAUUUUACAAAAUUGCUCAAUAAAAUUGUCAGGCGUUUUAAUUUGUGGUUUGUAUUUUGAAAGCGUUUAUUCAAUAAGUAAACUGCAUUCGAUGUAAAAAUAAAUGAAAGAAAAUGUUGGAAAAGCCGAUGUUAUAGCAUCAAAAAUGAUAUUAUAUUUAUAUUAAUUGGAAUUAAGUUUGAGUUGAGACUCUCCUAUUAAGUUCUAUUUCUGGCGAAACAUAUUAAUUUAGAUAUUACCAGUUACCUAUAUAGAAUAAAUAUAGCUAAUGUAGAUAUCUACUCAAUUUAAUCAAACAAAGUCAUUAAUAUGAACUUCAAAAUGUUUACUCAGGAAAAUUAAUUAGAAUAACUUUUACAUGCUAUG